AUGCUUGACAUUGAAGAUUUUGACGCAGUCUAUCGUGGCCUUAACUACAAUGAGGGCCUCGUACAAGAAAUUCAGUCAUAUCGAACUGCCCUUGGUGGUCGCACAUACUUUGAGCGGUUGCUAGCCCUCCUCCAGAUCAAAGGAAGCAAGCUGUAUCCGCCCAAAUCCCCGCAACAACUCCAGGAUCUCCAUCAGCGCAUCAUCUCCGCCGAGACAACAUUACACAACAAACAUUGCCUCGUCUUCUAUCUGCUCAAAGACCUAUCGCCACAACAUCAUGACACAACAGAACUUUCGGAGGCAUUCGCUAAGGACGUGCAUCUCGAGAAAAGGUUCUGGACAUUUGUUGAAGGGCUGUGGUUUCUCGAUCACCUUCAGUUCUCAACUGCGGUUGGGCACUUGACGCAUCCGAGCAUAAUACCGACAUUUCCAGACGAGAUUAUGCACACUCUGCUAACUGGGGGAGACAAGUUGAGCAGUCUGGGUAUGGGAGGUGGUCCCAAAGACGACGAACUGGCACUUGCAUAUUACAACUGUGUUAAACCACCGCUAGAGGAUGAAAAGACACGAGUCGAAUUCGCAAAGUAUCUUGCUGGUCGUAAUGUCACCGAUAUGUACGAUUGGAUCCACAACAGACCCGAAUUCGAGCAGAAGCCACUUCUCGAGAUCCUUAUCGAGGAGACGCUGGACCACAAUGCGUGGGCAGAUCGUUCAGAACACGAUGUGUACACGCGAGAUGCUAAGGCCUAUGAGCUGGUUAGCCUACCUUUUAGUAAGGAAGAAGAGGAGUUCAUUGAGAAAUUUCUCACCGAGGGCAGGGGGCGGACAUUUCCAAACGCUCAAGAUUUCGUGAUGAUGCGCAGAAUCGCUACAGGCAAGCUCGCAGAUGUCGCUUCUGAUGUAGCUACUCGUGGACGGAGAUUGGAUGGUGUGAACUGGGAUAUAUUGAAAGAUGGUGUAAAGAAAGGUUUGGGGCCCAGGAAAGAUGAAAAAGACUUCAUUGUCUGA